AUGGUCCGCCUAACAGUCUUCGCCGCUGGGCUUGCUUGCCUCCCAUCGAUAUUUGCCCAUCCAUCGCCUUUAGAGAUCUUUAACAGAGAGCUUGCUCGCGAUGGCUGUGGAACCGAGGAACCUCCAAUUGAGUUUCUCACGGCAGCUUCAGCGCUCGCCGCUGGCGACGCGAAGUACAUCGCCCCUGCACCCAAUGCUGGCCUUCGUCUGGCCGCCGUUGGUGGUGAUCCUUUCGAGACCCCAAUUGUCGUAGACACCUGGAUUCACGUCAUUGCUGUCAACAACACAGUUGCAGGAGGCUAUAUCCCACAGAACCAGCUCACUGCUCAGAUGGACUAUCUGAAUGCAACUUUUGCACCAUCGAACAUUGGAUUUGUACUCAAGGGUGUUACCCGUACCAUCAAUGCCACCUGGUCUGUUGAUGCUACUGGAGCCGAAUUGGAAUACAAGACGAAGCUGCGCAAGGGUGAUUACAAGACUCUGAACUUGUACUUCCUCACCAAGCUUCGUGGUGAUGCUCUUGGGUACGCGUAUUAUCCUCAACCUGGUAACCCCGCGCCAGGAUCUAGGACUUUCAACCUUUACGGUGCUACCAACAGAGCCGACACUGUUCCAGGUGGAACUUUAGCACCAUAUAACUUAGGUGGAACUGUCACCCACGAGGUUGGACACUGGUUUGGACUGAUGCAUACUUUCCAAGGUUACAGCUGCACUGGACCAGGAGAUCUGAUUGCUGAUACCGCUGCACACAUCGCACCAACAAGAGGAUGCCCUAUUGGUUUGGACACAUGCCCAGAUGAGCAAGGUCCAGAUCCAAUUCAUAACUACAUGGAUUACUCCAUUGAUGCCUGUUACGAGGAGUUCACACCGCUUCAGACCAAGCGUAUGCACGAUUUCUGGAACGCCUACAUCAGCCCCAGAGCCUGCUUUGCCGACAACUGCCUCCGAGCUCUACGUGCGAGCAACGUUCCUGGCAGAGUGGCAGAAUCUCAGGCAUUCUGCUCCUCUUACACACAGUUCAUCGUAACUGAUGUCACCUUGGUAAAGCCAUACGCGGUAUCUGCUUGUUCAGGAAAUGUCAUCUCGCGUGUCAGCUCUGCUUGCUCUUGCUUGCCAACUGCUACAGCGUUACCAUAA